AAGAAGCGUGUAAUGUAUGGUUGUCAUGUGUCAUGCAGUCGAGGCUGGUGGUCAGCUGACGCAGUCGGGUCGCUGGCGAUGUUUACUUUCUUUGUGUGGCGCGUUAACCUGCGAUUCUUUUGAAUGAAUGCAUCGCUAUGCUUCGCCGAGGAGAACCAUGGUAGUCGUCAACUCGGUGCUGAAGCUCCUACAGAGGCAGACGUACACCUGUCUGUCCCACAGAUAUGGGCUCUACCUCUGCUUUGGGGGGCUCGUACUCAUGAUAGUUUCCGCCUUUCAGUUUGGAGAGGUGGUGGUGGAGUGGAGUCGGGACCAGUAUCAUGUGCUGUUUGACUCUUAUAGAGACAAUGUUGGUGGGAAAUCAUUCCAAAGCAGGCUCUGUCUGCCCAUGCCCAUUGACGUGGUGUACACAUGGGUGAACGGCACAGACACGGCUCUGCUGAAGGAGCUGAAGGGGGUCAAAGAGCAACUGGAGGAGGAACAAAGAGCUCUGAGGGAACGUCUGGGGAAAAAUGCAAGUGAGACGACUGAAGUGCCAAAAGACAGUGUUAAACCAGAAUGCCUGCUGUCUCACUGCAUCUUGGCGCCCAUGCUGGCCCUGGACCCCGCGCUGCCAGCCAACGUCACGCUCAAAGAGCUGCCGGCGCUCUCUCCCGCCUUCUCCAACGCCAAAGAGCUGCUGCUGAUGAACAAACCUUUCCAACCGUCCACCGCCGCCUCGGUGGUCGUCUUCCAUUUGCAGGCUGACGCUGAUAAAGCUUACACAGAUGUGUCUAAAGAGGAGCAGAAGUUCUCUGCCUCCAGAUGUUACCUGACGACGGAUAAAGAAGCUCCGGGUCUGAUCAGGAUGCAGUCUCUGGCCUAUCUGAGCGGCUUCCCGGCGUCCAUUAAAGAGACGGAGCAGCUGAGAGUCAAACUGCCGUCUGUCAUCACCAGCAAGAUCAAAGAGUUUGAGUUGUACUCUGAAGCCAGCAUCGCCCUGCUUCACCUGAAAACCCCGCAGGACUUCACCGACCUGACCCAGCAGGCGAAGAAGAACCUGACCCUGGAUGGAAAAGAGUUAACCAUCAGCCCUGCCUACUUGUUCUGGGACCUCACUGCCAUCUCACAGUCCAAACAGGAUGAAGAUGUGUCCGCCAGUCGAUUUGAAGACAACGAAGAGCUCCGCUACUCGCUGCGCUCUGUGGAGAGACACGCCCCCUGGGUGCGACACAUCUUCAUAGUAACCAACGGGCAGAUUCCCUCGUGGCUAAACCUGGAUAACCCCAGAGUGACGGUCAUCACGCACCAGGAUGUCUUCCAGAACCACAGCCACCUUCCCACUUUCAGCUCGCCUGCCAUCGAGACCCACAUCCACCGCAUCCCGGGGCUCUCCCAAAAGUUCAUUUACCUCAACGACGAUGUGAUGUUCGGUAAGGAGGUCUGGCCGGAUGACUUCUACAGCCACUCCAAAGGACAGAAGGUGUAUCUUACCUGGCCUGUCCCAAACUGUGCUGAGGGCUGCCCAGGAUCCUGGAUCAAAGACGGGUACUGUGACAAAGCCUGCAACAACUCUGCCUGUGACUGGGACGGAGGAGACUGCCAUGGUGCCGCGGGGAGCAGUCGCUUUGCAGCUGGGGUUGGUGGCGUGGGGCCGGGUGGAGCUGGUGGACAGGUGUGGCAGUUUGCAGGGGGUCUAGGAGGUCUUGGAGGGACGUCGUACUGUAAUCAAGGCUGCGCUAACUCCUGGCUCGCGGACAAGUUCUGUGACCAAGCCUGCAAUGUUCUCACCUGUGGGUAUGAUGUGGGAGACUGUGGCACGGAGCACUUUGGCGAGCUGCACCGGGUGACCCUGCUGAAGAAUCAGAGCCUCUACACCCUCCCAGUUGGUGAGACGCGGCCGUUUUUCAGCUUCGACAAGCUAGCGCGCCGAGUGUCCGAGGCCCACGUCAGCGACAGCAGCGCCGUGCGCCACACCUCCGUCGCCAACAAGUGGAGGACCAUCCACCUGCUGCUCCACUCCGGCCACAACGCCUCGCAGAUCCAGUACAACCUCACCUUCCAGAGAGAGGACGACACGGAGUUCUCGAUGAGCUUCACCGUCGCCGUCGACACCCGCGCCGUACCUCAGGCUAACGUCUCCCAGGCAAAGAGCAAAGACGCAGGCAAAGAGCCGACGCCCACCCCGACGCCGGAGCCCGUGUUUCCGUUCUCGGACGUUCCUGAGCACAAACGGGGUCCCAAGGUCCUGAAGAGGCAGCCCGGUGACCCUGAAGUUGUCAUAGAAGUUCCGGCGCUGAACGUGUCGCUGCUCCCUGCUGCGGUGCGCAGAGAGCUGCAGAAACUGGAGGAGAGGCUUCUGAUCGGUGACAUCACAAUGAAGGGUUAUAACCUCACUAAGGCGGAACUUUUAAAAGUGUAUGAAAAACAGCCGGAGGCAAAAGAUCCACCUCCAGAAAACAGAAGUGCGGCAAAAGUCAAGGCACAGCCGUAUAAAGACUUAGAGGGAGAGCGAUUGGAAGGAAAACAGCCGCAAACUGGAAACACUCAGAACAAAGAAGACGCUGUGAAGAAGCAAACUGUCGCUCCUCUCAUCCCGGUCCACAUCGAUGACCAGCACAUGAACGACCCCGUAACCCCCAAAAAAUACAAACUGAACACUGCGAUCGAGCGGCCGGUUAUUUCCAAACUGCUGGGCAGCAUUUCAAAAGGCAAGAGCUCGGAGAAUCAGGCAGAACCGGCGGACGCUGCUGCUGCUGCUGGAGGAGGAGGAGGAGGAGGAGGAGGAGGUCCGGUCAUGAGGAGACUCCAACACUUCGUCUCCGCGGACAGAGGCUUCCUGCCGUGGGAGAGGAGGAAAUACUUCCAAGAGCUGCUCGAGGAGGGGGAGCGUCUGCAAAGAGAACUGUCGUAUGAAACCGACGGUGCGGCCGCUGCUAGAAGGCUGCGGGACACUUUUGCCGACUCGCUGCGCUACGUCAACAAGCUGCUAAACAGCCAGUUUGGGUUCACGUCCCGCAAAGUCCCCGCGCACAUGCCUCACAUGAUCGACCGUCUCGUCAUGCAGGAGCUGCAAGACAUAUUCCCCGAGGAGUUCGACAAGACAUCAGCCCACCGCGUUCGUCACUCUGAGGACAUGCAGUUCGCCUUUUCGUAUUUCUACUUCCUGAUGAGCGCCCAGCAGCAGCUCAACGUGUCCGAGGUGUUCGAUGAGAUUGACACCGACCACUCGGGCGUCCUUUCUGACAGAGAAAUUCGAACUCUUGCAACGAGGAUUAACGACCUGCCCCUCAGCCUCCAGGACCUGACCGGCCUGGAGCAGAUGUUGAUAAACUGCUCAAAGUCUCUACCGACUAACCUGACCCAGCUCCACCUGGUGAAUCCAACUCAGGAGGCUUAUUAUGACCCCAGCAUGCCUCCUGUCACAAAAGGCCUCAUCCUGCACUGUAAGCCCAUCACUGAACGCAUCCACAAAGCCUUCAAAGACCAGAAUAAGUACAAGUUUGAAAUCAUGGGGGAGGAGGAGAUAGCUUUCAAGAUGGUGCGGACAAACGUGUCCCAUGUGGUCGGCCAGUUGGAUGACAUCAGGAAGAAUCCCAGAAAGUUCAUCUGCCUGAACGAUAACAUCGACCACAGCCACAAGGAUGCGGCCACGGUGAAAGCCGUGCUGAGAGACUUCUACGAGUCCAUGUUCCCGCUGCCGUCCCAGUUUGAACUGCCCAGAGAGUAUCGCAACAGAUUCCUGCACAUGGACGAGCUCCAGGAAUGGCGAGUGUAUCGAGACAAGCUGAAGUUCUGGACGCACUGUGUCCUCAUCACGCUCGUCAUCUUCACAGUCAUGUCGUUCUUCGCUGAACAGCUGAUUCUGCUAAAACGAAAGCUGUUCCCCAGACGCCGAGUGAACACGGACAGCAACCCCGAGCGAGUGUGAAGGAAGGGGGAAAAAAAAAAAAAAACCUCUCUCCUCUCUCCUUACUGCGCUUCCACCUCCCCAACCCCUUUUCUCUCCUGCUCAGUCGAGAAUCCUGGAGGAGGAUUCGGACCAGGGGGACUGGGUGGAAACGGGAAUCUGAAGCCCCCCCCCCCCCCCCCCCCCCCCCCCUCCACCCCCUCUCAGGUGUUGGUGUUGCAUCAGCACAGAUGGAGGAGGAUACAGACUCAAGAGAGAUGGUGAUGAAACUUUAUUUUUUUUUGAUGGAUGGGGCUGUCCGCUGAAAGGAAUGAAAGCCAGAAAGAAGAAGCCUGUAAAUCUUCUUCUCCUCCUCCGCCGGGGACUUUUGUACGACCGCCACACUUAACCAGUAGAAAAACAAACACUCCCUCACACUGCACCACCCGCCUCGUGUCCUGCCCUCACCAGGACUCCUAAUGUGUGUGUGUGUGUGUGUGUGUGUGUUUCUAAGUGUUCAACAAGCCUGGAGAAAGUUUAACAAACGCUCGUUUAAAACUCAAAUGAUGAACAGGUUGAUCAAGUUGAGGACUGACAGAAACACCUGGAACUUUACUGAAAAUUAACCAAUAGUUUGUGGUUACUUUACAAGGGAAAAACUGCCAACGUCAGCUGCUCCCUACGGAAGCCCGAAGCAGACAAGCAUCCGUGCUUUUUAUUUACUCCGUUGUCCUGUCAAUAUAAGUCGUUACUUCUUGUUUUCUCGACGUGUUUAUCUCUCAUGAGGAAAGUUGAAAAAGGCACUAAACAAACCGAAAUCGUAAUCUGGCCGAUCACAGGGAUCGAUCAAGUUUCGUUUAUUAGAUUGCAAGAAAAGUGUUCCCUCAUCUCGAGAAGACGAGCUUCAAUUAUCCCGAGAUAAUGAGAAAUACAAGUCGAGAUCUGGCGAAAACAACCAGAAGUUACAAAAAUCACAGUUUAGUCAGUCUAUAAAAGUCAAAGAAAUGGAGUGAUGUGUCCACUCAGGGCUGCCGUAGGUAACAUCUCUUGAUUAUGAUAACUUUCUUUAGCUUUUCUCUGUUUUAUAUUGUUAAGAUUUUGAUUUUUUUUUUUUUUUUUGUUGUUCAGAUUGUCUGUUGAAAAAGACAUUUGGAAACUUUGCUUUGGUUGAAUGGAAACUGGGAUGAGAAUUUUUCAGACUUUUACUGACAAAACGGUACUUGAUGAAUCGACAAAAAAAAUUGGUACUCGCAGCCCCUCCCCCCCUUUUUUUUUGUCUUUUACUCCGCUUGCUUUAUUUUAAAGGAAAAAGGAGGAAAUAAUUCAUAAAGGACAAAUCUGAUAUUUACAUCCGCUGUUGUAUCUUUCUCUGUUGUCUUCGAAACAUGAGAACUUGAAGUGCCUUCGUUCUUCAUUCCUGCUCGUUGGAUCGUUUUUCUUUUAUCUCCUUUUUUUUUUUUUUUUUAAAUGUCUGCCAAACUUUUCUUUUGAUCAAAAAUAAUCAUGAACGGGAAAUGGGGAUACUCUGAUGAUCGUUGUCAAUGUGGUACUGAUGUAAUUGAUUGUUGGCGCUGCAUGUACGUGAUGCUCCAGCUCUCACAGCCACCUGUGCGUGUGUCCCCGUGGGACUCAACAGGCUCGCUACUGUCUGAAAUUCAGACGCCCUCAGCAUGUUGUGUAACUUAUUCUCAUUGUGUUAAUCUCGACGGUGAGCCUGGCGACUGAUGCGUCCGAAGAUGAACGCUCCAGAAUGUAAACACAGCCUGUGUUACAUCUUCAAACAUCUCUUCUCUCGAACAGUUUCACACAGUUCUUUUGAUAUAAUUAUAAAAACAGACGAGACCGCCGCUCCGCGUGGUCACAAGAUGAACUCAGCAGGCGACCCGAUGAUGACUCGUAUAUCUGUAAUCCCUCCGAAUGCAUCAGUUCAACGGCUCCUCAGACUGAAAUAAAAUGUGAUUGGGUUCAGU